UUCUCUAAUCCUACCGUCCGCGUACUUUGCGUCCUGCUAGCGCAUUAUCUGUACCUUCAACAUCCUAACUUACCAAACACUUGCUCGACGACAACAUGUACAUGAGACGACAACAACCACACCAACAAAGAUAUACAAAUAAACAUGAACCUCCCAACAACAAAUCCACCACCCAUCGUUCCCUUUUACUGCUGCUAUCUUCUCCGAUCCAAAACCCGCCGCUACUUCUACAUCGGCAGCACCCCCAACCCUGCCCGCCGCCUCGCCCAACACAAUGGCCAGAGCCGCGGCGGCGCCAAGCGCACCUCCCUCGAAAGCAAGCGCCCCUGGGAAAUGACCUGCAUAGUAACCGGCUUCCCGUCCAGAGUCGCUGCUCUGCAAUUCGAAUGGGCGUGGCAGAACACGCAUGCCACGCGGCACAUUGAGCGGGACGUGCGCGACUCGAGGGUGUGUGAGCUGCAGAAGGGGAAGGGCAAGAAGAGGCCGCCGAUGAGUUUGGAGGCACGCUUGAAGAAUCUGGGGUUCUUGAUGGGCGUGAAGAGCUUUAGGCGCUGGCCGUUGGAGAUUCGCUUCUUCGCCAAGGAUGUCUGGGAGCUCUGGGAAAAGUAUACCGACAAGAUGGCGGUGGGGUGGGAGAUGGAAGGGAGGGUGAGGCUUACGCAGGCCCAUACGAUGGUGCCCGCGGGCGAUGCGAUUGAUGGCGAGUUUGUGUAUAAGAUACCGGACCUUAUUCGAGAGAUUCCCGUGGCGUAUGAAGACUGCAAGGCGCAUGUUGAGAAGGCGAGAGCCGUCCUUGGGAAUGCCAAACCACGCCGAUGCGGCGUGUGUAGCAAGUCGGUGAAUGAUGCCAGCUCUCUGGUAUGCAUCUGUUCAGUCGACACCUGCAGUACAGUAUGUCACGUGAGUUGCCUUUCCAGCCGGUUUCUGGAAGAAGAGGGGGAUCGAGAUGCGAUCAUCCCUACGCAUGGGACAUGUCCAAGCUGCAAGAGACAGCUGAAAUGGUCGACGCUGAUGCGCGAGCUCAGCCUUCGCAUCCGAGGACAAGCGGAGAUCGAAGCCAUGUUCAAGCCAAAGAGGAGAGCGAAACCCAAGACAGGCUCCGUGGAAAAGGAGCUGUUAGGAACUCAAGCGACGGAAGUAAGCGAUAACGAAGAUGUUCUAGACGAGACCUGGAUGCAAGACGUCGAGGAUGGAGAAGAGGAGUACCCAUCUAUCGACAGAUAUGUAGGAGGAAAAGGAAAGGAAGAAGAGUUCCCCUCCAUUGACUCAUAUGCUGGCGGCAGGAAGAAGGGGUGAGAAAUGCUCGAGCACCCUGAGUGCCAUCUCCUUGUUUCCAGGACGUCCCAGGCCGGUUGCCGUUGACCUCGUCCGCGUCUUCCGUCUACCCUACCAUCGAUCGAUAUCUUCGAGCUCUUAGGCCGGAACCGCAAGCUCUCGGUCUCCGGCUCCAUCACCAAGGCCCCACAUACCUCAACGGUGCCUGUUCCCUAUCGACCCUCUCCAUACAUUCCCUCACAACCUCUCUCACCCUCCUACUCACCUCGUCCACGCCCGCCCCUGCAUCCACCGUCACAAAGUCCUCCCCCUCCUUACUCUCCCUCAACACCGCAAACAACUCCCUCACCUUCUCCUGCAUCUCCACCUUCUCGUACUUCUCCCCUCCAUAACCACCCCGCUUCGCCGCCUCCUCUGGACUCAGAUCCAGAAAGAUGGCC